AUGGCCGGUUUAGAAUAUGGUAUUCCAAAUUUAGCUAUGUACCAUACGUUUCACCAAAUAAACAAUCCUUUCAGUCUCCUCAGUCUUGUCUUCUUCACAUUUGGUGUCGCUGCCUCUGUCGGAGAUGAAGGUGCCGUGGCCGCAGGUGUUCGAGGAUGGAGAUGUGCGGACGUUCCUCAGGGACUUCGAAGCUGUCGCGGAGCUGGUUGGAGUGCAGGAGCAGAAGGCGAAGCUGGUGGUCUUGGGAACGCUGCUGAGGGGCCGCGCGAAGGCUGCGUACGACAACGCUCGGGAGCUGGAAGGUGA